AUGGUGAUCAGCACCGCUUCUCUCUCCGACAUCGUCCAAAAGGCCAAGAAACUCACGUCCGAUCGAAUCAAGCUGUUACACUACCGCCUAGGAGGUAAGCGACACCUUACUUAGUGUAACAACCACUAAUGGCAAGACAUUCCUCGAAGCUAUCAGCUUGUCAAUAACAACACACCAAAACAAGCGCUUAGUCUCUCGCCUCAGGCAAUUUAAAAACGUGAUCUUUAGUGUUUCCAAGAACACCGUGUUUCUAUUUCGACCUAAUUGUGUUUCACUUUCAGACAAUGAAAUCAAGAUAUUCAAGCACGACUACAAGAUCGAGAAGGAAAUCGGGAAAGGCGGCUUCGGAACAGUUUAUUCGGCUUCGAGGCUACGUGACAAACUGCCAGUAGCCGUGAAAUUCAUAGAACGCAAUAGAAUAUUCGACUGGGGCCAGGUAAAUUAGAAAGUAACAUUUUAAAAAAUGGCCUAGAAAAAUUAUACAAAUUAAGCACGGUUUUAAAGUUACAAUUCGCAUAAAUUACAAAGAGUGGCACAUUUAAAUCUGUAGGUGAAUGAAAAACAAGUGCCCAUGGAGAUUGUGAUGCUAGUCAAGACCUGCAAUGUACAAGGCGUUGUGAAGAUGCUACAAUGGUUCUCGAUUCCAGAUGGCUUUCUGAUUAUUAUGGAAAGGCCUACCUGUUCUAUUGAUCUCUACUCUUUACUAUCCAAACAUGGACCUUUAAGUGAAAUGGUAAGCUUGUUUACUUUUUAAAGUCAACGCCAGUGACAAUAUAUUUUUGCAAAAGUAUUCAAACAUCACCAAACUUGAAUUGAAUUUGUUUAUCAGCAUGCUCCUUCAGAUGACGCUAUUCUUGUUCAAGCAAAUUGUAAAUACUGCAGCCAAGUGUUUGGAGUUGAAUAUACUGCACAGAGAUAUAAAAGUAGGUAAAAGGCUGACAGAAGAUAACAAAGCUUUAGGACGAGAAUAUUGUCAUCGACCUGGACACGGGUAAAACAAUCUUGGUUGACUUUGGAGCAGCUACAGUGAUAGAAGAUUCCAAAACCCUCAAAUUCCAAGGUAUGUGAUCAUUAAAUUGAAGUUUGAUCCGAAUUCAGUAAAAAUGAUAACAAACUACAACUUGUCUAACACAAUACACAAAUUAGAAUCGAAUCGAUCAAAACACACAGAUAAUCCUGUAGUGACACAACAAGUGUUCAGUUUGAAAAACACAAUGAAAUAGAUAAUAUACUAAAAGAAUUAUAGGAACCAGACUCUAUUGUCCUCCUGAAUGGUACACUCACUCAAUAUAUCUUGGUCCCGAAGCGACAAUAUGGUCGUUAGGAGUGGUGUUGUACUCAAUGUUGAAUCAACAGUUACCUUUCCUAACAGAACGUGAUGUAUAUACGAAUCACCUGUUUGGACCUCUGCCAAAGUUAGGAAAUUACUCCAAAGGUAAACAUAUAUUAAGAUGUUUAGAAUAUCAACAACACGUGAUACCAGCAACUAAACACUGUAUUUUUACAAAAUGUGAUGACUUUUAACUAUUAAACUUCCUUUACAGAUGUGGAAGACCUAGUAAACAAAUGUCUACAUCAAGAUCCAGAGCAAAGAAUGAAGCUGACAGAGCUGAUAAGACACGAAUGGAUCCAAAGAGAACACCUUACUUGGGACAAAAUAUAUGUCCCAAACUAA